AUGUGCGCAAAUUUCAAUCUCAAGGACAAUCAGGUUGCAGAUUUGGCUAACUAUAUGGGCCAUACCGAAAAAAUCCAUAAGGAAAUAUAUCGUCAACCUGUAUUAACAAGAGAAAUCGUACACAUUUCCAAACUAUUGGAAGCAGUGCAAGAAAAUGAUGGCGAGGAUUCCGAAGACGACUCGGAUACGGAUUGGAAUCUAGUUAGUUGUAACACAGACAAACUCGUCUCUUGUAGUAGUACCAUUGCCAAUGAUAGUAAAGAAGCUACUUCAACUACGUCACAAAGCAUGGAAAUCGAUUUUCAAUUAGAAGAGGCAGUGAUUUCGACUCCGUCUCCUAAUGUCAAAUGCCGUAGGAUCCGUUGGUCUGAAGAAGAGAAAAGAAUAGCUUCAGAAGCCUUCAAAGAAUACAUUCUGAAUAAUACAUUGUCAUCAUUCCAAAAAAUUCAGGAAGUCAUGAAUGCAAAUCCAGGUGUAUUUCAUAGAAGUGUAGCCACCAUUAAAACCUGGGUCAAAAAUGAACAGUUGAAAGAAAUCAAGAGAGGGAAUUGA